AUGGACUGUAGUUCAGCGAAAUCAAACAAGAAUGGUGACGAGAGCGAGGAUGGGAAAGAGCGAGAGAAGAUGAUGAUCCUGAAGAAGGAGGGAAGGAAGGAACGAACGAAAGUAACACGACACUCUGUGGACGAAAAUAACACGUUACUUCGUUUCACUCGUAAGGGCUGCCACAUACAGCAUUCUUUAACAGUGACCGUAAAACGUAAACUUGAGCCGAUGAGCCAAUCAGGAUAUUGCUUUAGGUUACGUAAUCUAAUAGAAAUGGAAAUAACAGUAAACUUAUCCAUAACCUCGCAACAUGGCGAGUUUCAACCUGUUGAAAUUCUCCAUAUUGCGAAAACAAGACUUUUACUGAUAUCUUUUUUUGUGUCUCUGUUUACAGAAUCCGAAGCCAGCUGGGAGGAAUGGUGGACCUACGAUGGUAUUUCUGGACCUUCGUUUUGGGGUUUGAUAAAUCCGCAGUGGUCUCUCUGCACCAAAGGAAGGCGGCAGAGUCCCAUCAACAUCGAGCCGGACAAGCUGCUUUUCGAUCGCCACUUGAGACCGGUGCACGUCGACAAACACAGGAUUUCCGGACACUUACAUAAUACUGGGCAAUUUCUGGUAUUCAGAGCAGAUAGGGAGGCGAAGAUACGGGUCAACAUAACGGGUGGUCCUCUCGCCUAUCACUACCAGUUUGAGGAAAUAUAUAUUCACUACGGAAUGGACGACGGUCAUGGUUCCGAGCAUCGUAUUAAUAAGUAUGCUUUUCCUGCUGAAAUACAAGUCUAUGGCUUUAACGCCGAACUGUAUCACAACAUGAGCGAGGCACAGCAUAAAAGUCAGGGGCUGGUGGCGAUCUCGUUAAUGGUGCAGCUCGGUGAGACGUUAAAUCCCGAACUGCAGAUCAUCACCAGCGUGUUCAACAAGGUCAUAUAUCGAGGGGACACCGCACCUGUACGCUACUUGUCUCUGAAAAGCCUUCUACCGGACACCACCGGUUAUAUGACUUACGAGGGCAGUACAACGCAUCCUGGUUGUUGGGAAACGGCGGUCUGGCUGAUCCUCAACAAACCAAUCUACAUCACGGCGCGAGAGCUAUACGCCCUGAGGAAAUUAAUGCAGGGCCCCUCCAGUACGCCGAAAGCGCCUCUCGGUAACAAUUCUAGACCGCUGCAGGGUCUUCAUUAUAGAACCGUGCGAACAAAUAUCGAUUUUGCCAAGCGGGGAAACGCCAAGUGCCCGUCGAUGGCGCAGGACAUGCAUUAUAGAGAUGACUUUUUCCUUCCAGCCAACACGUGGCGGGACGACGGAUCCCUAUCACACAACGUAGUCUGAGGCCAUCCCGCGGCAGGACCACGAGAGAGGACUUUUCUUUAAAGGAAUGGAACAAAAUAAGUUCACAUAUGGUGCGAUAAAAAGAAGACGAAGGAGGGAUGCUGAUGGAAAAAGCUAUAAUUUCUAACGGAAGAAUGAAGAAAUUGUGUCGUGGCUGUGUGAAAAAAAGAUAGAACGUAAAUUUUUGAAUAAGUAAGUCGACGCGAAAUGAGAAUACCGUAACAAAAUGGACAACCAGUUAUAAUGUAAUCUACUAUGUUAUGCAGAAGUUAUAUGUAUAAUUAUCUGCAAAUUAUAUAAUUACAUAUAAUUUGUAGAUAAGUUUGCCACACACCAAUCGAAUUUUGUUUUAUUCUCCGGAGUAGCGAGGACAAAGUUGCGUGUUGCUACAGCACUAACGUAAUUCUCGUAACACGAGUGAUCAAAGGAGCUUUAAGUGUCUUGUUGGGAUACAGAUUUUCGUUUAAUGCUGUUUCUAAGUUUAAGCAUUGAAGACUCUAUAACAAGUUAUCAAGGAUG